UAUUGUCAGAUGCACACAUGUAUAGGUGAAUAUUGCAUUUUAAUUGUUUAUUAAACGCUAGAAUUCACUGUAGUGAAAUUGAGAUUUGAAGAACAAAUAAAACAUCUUAGGUUAAUUGUCAGAGGGUUUUGUCAUUUUUACUUUUUUGUGCAUUUCAUUGGGGUUAUUUGGAAAAAAGACCAAGACUCAGUUUAAUUUCGAUGUACAUUAAGUAAUGUGGUUAACAAAAAAGAAACUAUUUAUAUUGUUUUUAUAUUUUCGUUACAUAACUUUGGACUAUAGGGUCCGAAAAUGACCAAGUGAGCUGCUAUUCACAAACCAGUUGUGACGUCACGUGUUCUGUGGAGGUAUUAGUUUGUGGAUUUUUUGCAUACUAGUUUACAUAAACGUUUAAUGUAGCAAUUCAGAUUUUGUUUUGUAUGAAGAGGUUUUUAUUAUUUUUAUUUUGAUACAAGAUGAAAAACGCGAGCUGGACUCGAACGAGCCACGUGACUGAAGAACUAAAGUCCAAAACAAACCGAGAAGUUUUUGAUAGCAAGACAGACGUGUGAAACAGCAAUGGCAGAGUCUCACGUUUUAUUAAACAAACAUGAGGUGGAACGUUUGCUCAGUUACGAUGAUCUGAUUCCCAGACUGGAGUCUGUUAUGGGAAAGUUUUCUAAACGGGACAGUUCAGAAAUAAUUCAGCCUGUGAGAUCUGUGGUCCCAAUACAGCAACACAGUGGGUUUUUAGGCGUGAUGCCUGCAUAUAUGGCCGCUGAGGGUAUUUUAUGCACUAAGAUGGUGACUUUUUACCAACGUCCAGAGGGCUCCAGUUUACCAUCAACUCAAGCCACAGUGUUACUGUUUGAUCCCGAGCAUGGGCAUGUCACAGCGAUCAUGGAUGGGGAGGCCAUCACAGCCAAACGAACCGCAGCAGUGUCAGCCAUAUCAGCUAAACUGUUCAUGCCAGCUCUUUCAGAGGUAUUGUGCAUCCUUGGUUCAGGGCGACAGGCUAGAAGCCAUUAUGAUGUCUUUACAAAGGUCUUUAAGUUCAAAGAGGUCCGUGUGUGGAGUAGAAGGAGAGAAAUGGCUCAUCGGUUUGUUAAUGAUCUCCAAGGCCCUGUCAGAGUUUGUUCUUCGGUGAAGGAGGCCGUGACGGGAGCUGAUGUUAUAGUCACUGCCACAGGUGCUAGUGAACCCAUACUCUUUGGCGAGUGGGUCAAACCAGGUGCCCAUGUAGCAGCGGUUGGUGCUUGUCGGCCAGACUGGAGGGAACUGGAUGACGUCUUGAUGAGAGGGGCUGUGGUGUAUGUGGACAGCAGAGAGGGGGCUACAGCAGAGUCAGGAGACAUCAUUCUGUCUGGAGCUCAAGUUUUCGCAGAGCUCGGAGAAGUUAUAAAUGGAUCUUUUCCUGCUCAGCGUGAGAAGACUACGAUAUUCAAGUCACUGGGCAUGGGGAUACAAGAUGCUGUCUCGGCCAAACUUGUGCUGGAGAAGUGGAACAGCGAACACUGAACAACCAACCAGCACGAUUUCCUCCGCUGAUUGCACAAUUGUCUUGUCUGCCUUUUUUUCUUUUUCUUUUUUUUACUUUCAAAACUACAGAAUUCAACAGCAAUUUCUUGACACAAUUCACACAUUUUGUAAAUAUAAAUUGAAACAACAUUAAUUUAAAUAAAAAGGAACAAAAAUUAAAGGGCA